UCGUGAAAGCACAUCUGCGCAGAAAGAAGCGAGAAGGACGCCAACAAUAAGUCAGUCUUAUUAUUUCUUCUCCAGUUUGUAAAAAAUGUACGUCGUAUAAAAUACAUCUUUGAGUCUUUAAUUCAAGAGAAAAAAAAACCCGUCCCGGGGAGCGAUAACCUUAUUGUGCUGGCAAGUUUAGCUAGCUUAGCUAGUUAGCUUAGCUUGUUAGCUAGCUUAGCUAGUUAGCUGCUAACAAAGAGAGGCGGAGGUUGUCAACACUUCGCUAAAUAGAAAUCAAAUGUGAGAAUAAAGUGUUGGGAUUUGCCUGCAAAUGUCCGGAAGAACUAUAGCAGAUUACCAGGCGGAACUUUCUAGAACCAAAGAGAAGAAUGGAAUACUGGACGCUGUUUUCAAGAAACAUCAAGUUGUGUUACACGGAACAGACGUCCAGCAGCCCUCUCACAUUAAAGAGGAAGAGGAGGAUCCACAGCCGCCCCUCAUUAAAGAGGAAGAGGAGGACGUGUGGAUGAGUCAGGAGGGAGAGUGUCUUCCAGGGCAGGAGGAGGCUGAUGUCUGCAAGUUUCCACUGACUGUUGUCUCUGUGAAGACUGAAGAGCAUGAAGACAAAGCAGCUGAGUCCUCACAGCUUCAUCACAGUCCAAACGUCCAGCGGGUGUCAGCGGGGAGUCACCAAGAGGAGUGGCACACCAGUGUGGGACAAAAGGAGCUACAGACCCCCUCCCACAUUAAAGAGGAGCAGCUUCAUGAUGAAGAUGAAGCUCAGUCCUUACAGCUUCAUCACAGUCAAAGUGAGGAGAACAGAGGGGCGGAGCUUGUAAGUCAACACAUGACAGAAGCUGAUGGAGAGCAUUGUGAAGAUAUAAAGUCGGAACCAGACAGCAUCUUUGCUCCACUGUCAGACAUGGACCACAUGAUGUCAGACUCCUCUGACCACAGUGACCACAUCCAAAAACCUUUGGAGAGGAAAAAUGACUCUAAAGAGGAUACGAGACAUCACACUAACAACAAACACUUUGACUGCUCUGAAUGUGGGAAGUCAUUUCGACUGAAGAGUAAUUUUACAAGACACAUGACAACACAUAAUGGGGAGAAACCUUUUACUUGCUCUGUUUGUAAGAAGAGUUUCUCCAGAAAGCAGAGCAUGACCAGACACAUGAGAACACACACUGGAGAGAAACCUUUUGCUUGCUCAGCUUGCGCUAAAAGAUUCAUCACUAAGAAGGAACUUAUAUUGCACAUGAGAACACACACAGGUGAGAAACCUUUUACUUGCUCCGUUUGUAAGAAGAGUUUCUCCAGAAAGGAACGCAUGACCAGACACAUGAGAACACACACUGGAGAAAAACCUUUCGCUUGCUCAGCUUGCGCUAAAAGAUUCAGCUCUAAGAAUGACAUGAUAUUGCACAUGAGAACACACACAGGUGAGAAACCUUUUACUUGCUCUGUUUGUAAGAACAGUUUCUCCAGAAAGAUUAACAUGACCACACACAUGAGAACGCACACUGGAGAGAAACCUUUUGCUUGCUCAGCUUGUGUUAAAAGAUUCAACAGUAAGAAGGAAAUGAUAUUGCACAUUAGAACACACACAGGUGAGAAACCUUUUACUUGCUCUGUUUGUAAAAAGAGUUUCUCCAGAAAGCUUAACAUGACCAGACACAUGAGAACACACACUGGAGAGAAACCUUUUGCUUGCUCAGCUUGUGCUAAAAGAUUCAACAGUAAGAAGGAAGUGAUAUUGCACAUGAGAACACACACAGGUGAGAAACCUUUUACUUGCUCUGUUUGUAAGAAGAGUUUCUCCAGAAAGCAACACAUGACCAGACACAUGAGAACACACACUGGAGAGAAAAAUCUUGCUUGUUCAGUGCAAGAAUAAUAAUGUAUAAGCGUGUAUAUUAUCACACUAACUUUAGUAUGCUUAAAGUCUGAUGCUUUCGUUAUUAGUUAUUGUGCUCAAGUUAGACUUUUCUAAUUGUGCAAGGACAAAAACUUCUUGUCUGAGGGGUGGCCUCAGCCGCAGAUGUUAUCUUUGUUUUAGCCUGCUCACAGCCAAGGACUUGAGGGACCUCAACGAUAAGAUGACAACACGCAGACGAAGUAGAGACAAGGCGAAAUCACAUGGGCCCCCAGCACAUUCCUUCACGUAUUGUGCGUCUUGGACCUGCUUUGCAUGAUAUGUGACCACUCCUUUUAGAUGCGGCCUCAGUGAUGUUGACUGUGGAACUCCAAAAUAAAUAGAGGGAUGCGGGACCUGAACCUUAGAGCGUAGGGCGAGACUGUGACUAAGUGUGCAGCUCCAUGCAUACUCCUCAUGAACUAAAUUGA